AUAUAUAAAUACUUAUUAUAUAUAUACAUACAUACAUUUAUGAAUGCUGUAUUUUCAUAUACAUGAUUUCAUAUAAAUUGUUUAAUCUAGACAUACGGUCAAGGGCGUAGCCAGGCAUGGAUAUGAAAAAUUGAAGUAAACAUUAUGAGAUUAUCAAAAAAUAAAAGAAAAAAAUCCAAGCCGUUUGUUAUUGUAGCUUAAUUAUUUAUCUAAGAUUAAUUUUAAUUUCAUCUGCGGAAAACAAAAAACACAUAUAUUAAGAACUAUAACUAUGAACUGCUGCUACCCAAACUCCCCCUUCUGCUCCCACUGCGCCACAAAUUACAUACUGGCUACGCCCCUGCAUACAGUCAAUAUAAUAUGAAAAACAAAAAUAUUCAUAAAUAUAAAGAAAAAGGCAAAAAUAAACGCAUAUAUGCAAAUCGUAAGCAAAAUGUACUUAAUGUCAGCUGUAGAAACAAAAGUAAACUAUAAACAAAACAAAAACAAAAAAAAAUAACAAAAAUAAUUUAAUUAUGGUAAAUAAUAAAGUUGGCAAGCGUAAUGUUUUCAUAAAAAGUAACGUUCCAUUUCAAAAAAAUAUAAAGUUCAGACUUUUUAUGAGUGGCAAGAGCAAAGGCAAAAAAUGCAAAAAGUAAAAUUAAAAAUAACAAUAUUUACAGCAUGAGAGUCUUAAAAACUAAGUGUUUUUUCUUAAAAACAAAAAACAAAAAGAAUUGAAAACAUUGUUAAUUAAAAACAACAAAAACAUCAAAUAUCAUUUGAAAGAAAUUUAAAUAAAAAGCAUAAACAAGUGCAUACAUAAAGAUGUAAACAGCAAAAGCUUUGGCAUAACGGUAAAAGCGUAAAGCACAGGCAGCAGCAGGAGCAAAAGCUGCGCUGCCCAAAGCUUUGCGUCUUCACACUUCUUCACAGCUGCAGCAAAACAAAACGAAACAGUAGACAAAGCGACGGCGAACGCAACAGGCAGCAAAAGCGGAGCCCCAAGAGCAGCAGCAGCGCACAGUGUGUCAAAAACUUAUUCUUAUUGUGUGCGUGCGGUUCGUUGUUUGUGUUCGUUCUGCAGAAGCAGCUGAGCCUGAGCCUGAGCCUAAGCCUGCGAGUGUAAACAAAUCGCCUGGCGCUAAAAAUAAACAACUAUAGUGCAGCCCUUUGAUAAGCAAUAAUAAUAGCUUAAUAACUAUUCAAUGCAAUUUAUACAUGUGUAUGCAGCAGCAGCUAUUAAAUUAAAUUGAUCGAGUGGCCCCACUGCAGCUGCGAACUUGAGAGCCUUAGAGCUGCUGCUGCUGCUGCUAAUCAAAGGCAAGGGCAAUGCCAAGGCCAGCCUGGGCAGAAUGCUCUACUGAUGAAGCAUCAUCAUAAGCGAAGCCCCACAAUGACGACGGCGAACAUUGACUACGACUAUUUGCUAAAGUUCUUGGUGCUGGGCGAUUCCGGUGUGGGCAAGACCUGUUUGCUCUAUCAGUACACGGAUGGGCGAUUUCAUUCGCAAUUUAUAUCGACGGUGGGAAUUGAUUUUCGUGAGAAGCGCUUGCUCGCAUGGGCGACGGCAUCGCAUACACUUGCAAAUCUGGGAUACGGCCGGACAGGAGCGCUUCCGUUCGCUGACAACGGCAUUCUAUCGCGAUGCCAUGGGCUUCCUGCUCAUAUUCGAUUUAACCAGCGAGAAAUCAUUUCUGGAAGUAACCAACUGGCUGGAACAGCUGCGCACCCACGCCUACACCGAAGACCCGGACGUGGUGCUCUGCGGCAACAAGUGCGAUUUGCUCCAAAUGCGUGUCGUCAGCCGCGAGCAGGUGCUGGCCCUUGCCAAGCGCUAUCGUCUGCCCUACAUUGAGACGAGCGCCUGUACCGGCGCCAAUAUUCAACAGGCCGUCGAAAUUCUGGUCGGACGCGUCAUGGAGCGCAUCGAGAAUGCCGUUAGCAAUCGCGACUUCUCGCUGCUCAUGGCGCAGUCGCGUCGCCUGCCCAACAUUGUCUAUGGACCGGAGCUAGUGCGUCUGCAUGACUCGCAGUCGCUGCAGUCUCAGCAGUCCUCGCGGCGCAAUUGCAAUUGUUAGAAAUUUAAACUUUAACGAUAGUUUGAAUGCUGCUUGAGCAGCCAAACUUAAUAA